AUGGCGAAGCGAAACCUUCUACUCGGCAUCGAUGCUUUCGGUACCAUCUUCACGCCUAAACGCCCCAUCGCGACACAAUAUGGCGAAGUAGCACGAUCACUGGGUCUGAACGGUUUCACCGACGAGCAAGUCAACUCAUCGUUUCGGACGGCGUUCAAGCAACAAUCGAAGCUGAACCCAAACUUCGGCAAAUCGAAUGGCAUGAACGCGGAAAAAUGGUGGACGAAUAUUAUCUACAACACCUUCGAGCCGCUCGUUGGCCCGAAUGAGAAGCUCAACACUGAGCUCGCCCCCCGACUGCUUUACCGCUUUUCCUCCGAAGAAGGUUACGCUUUGACGCCCGGAGCGAUGAUGUUGCUGUCAGGCCUACGGGCAAGGCCUUUGCCUUCUUUCGACCGGGUCGUCGUCGGCGUAAUAACCAAUUCCGACGAUCGAAUCCCGAGCAUUCUUACUUCUCUAGGUCUGCGAGUUAGUUCGCUCAGGUUUGGGAGCGACAGCUUGGUUACAAAGCUACCGACUAACGAGCAGUGUGAUAUUGACUUCACCGUAAUGUCAUAUGAUGUCGGGUACGAAAAGCCGGACAAGCGUAUCUUCGACGCUAGCGAGGAGAUGCUGAGAUCAAUACCGGUGCCGGGGGCCAUCGAGCCCAAUUCCUGGAGUAAGCUGUACGUUGGCGACGAUUACGAGAAAGACAUUGUUGGCGCGCGUGAUGCAGGAUGGUCAGCCGUGUUGGUUGCGGACACACCUCCAGAGAAGGCUGAGCUAGCUGAAAAGCCGCAAGAUGCAUCUGAGUUGAGCGGUCAUGCCUUCGCCGUCAGAGACCUAGCAGAGCUUGCACGGUGGCUUGGUGUUGAUGUAAAAGCCUCAAUGGGCUGA